GUAUUGAAACUGUCAGCUCUGGGGGAGCUUCUGGCCGCGGAAACAUCCUCCUCCGGCGGUGUUAGCAGCGGCGAUCCGGCCAACAGUCGUCAGUUCGAACACCUGGAUCGUACUCUGGCUCUAACCUACCUUGUUGGUUUACUUAUAAAAUUUGAGCUGGCCGUUCCACUGGACUCGCGUCAUCUCCUUAUGCCCACUUUACUGCCAGCCAAGUCUCCUCGGACAGCUGGCAACGCUGAGGCGAUAUCCAGACAGCGUUUUUAG